AUGCCGGCCUUUCAGAGCAAAAAGUUCCGGCCGUCGGGCGAGCACACGGUCGGAUCGCGGUACCGCGCCCUCAUGAACAGGCGGCCGUUCCUCACCUUUGGGCUGCCCUUUAUCGCCGUCAUCAUCGCCGGCUCCUUCGUGCUGACGCCGGCGACGGCGAUACGGUACGAGCGGCACGACCGCAAGGUGCGGCAGCUGACCAAGGACGAGGAGCUCGGGGUCCGACGAUCGGCGCGACGCGUCAACAUGAAGGACGAGUACUACCGGCUCGCCGGGAGAGACCUCGACGACUGGGAGCAGAAGCGCGUGGAGCGACUGCCGGGCGAGAGCGACGGCAUCCUGCGGUGA